CGUCAAUGAGGACAAAAUGUUUCCCUGAAAAGUUGGAGUUGCUGCUGUCCUACUUCUAGCUUGUACGUGGGGAAGCUGGUCAAUCAAUAACUUUGCAUGAUGAUGUGUUCGGUAGGAAAUAUAAGAUUUAUAUUUUCCUCAAGGAUAUCAAAGAAUUUUGUUUGCUAAAGCCAAUUUCAGACUGCUGUAUAAUUUCCUACAUGUGGUACCUUCACCAGAAGAUGAAAAAAGAAAACAUACUCACUAGAUUUCGAUUUGUAAAUCCAAAUUUGAUCUCAAAAUUUAACAACUUAACAGAAGACCAAAGAGCACGCGCUUUAGCCGAUAGAUUGAUCAGUGCAUCAAUAGAUCAACUCGUGUUGGCACCGUGUAAUAUAGGUUUUCACUGGAUUCUCACGGUCAUCCAACCCUACAACAAGAUUAUCUUUUUGCUAGAUCCUCUUUCUCACCGCAUUCGUGAUAGGGUUUGGCAAGACAUUGUGAAUACGGCCUUAUCGAUGUUUUGUGCAUCUAAAGGAGAGAAUGAGAAAAAGUCACCAACUUGGGUAGUCGUAAAGGCUCCUCUCCAGCCUGAUUCGAAGCAAUGUGGGUUCUACAUAAUGCAGUAUAUGAGAAAAAUCAUCGAAACUUGUAGAGAUCUUGGCUCAAGUUCGCUACAGAAAAUGGUAUUAAUAUGCAUUGUUAAAUACUAA